AUGGGCUCUUACGUUCACGGAGACCCGAACGAGCCGGUUAAAGUCGCCGUCGUUCAAUCUGAACCAUGCUGGUUCGAUAUCGAGGCCGCAACAAACAAGACCUGCGACUUCAUCGCUGAGGCUGGUGGCAACGGCGCGAGGCUCAUCGCGUUUCCCGAGCUGUGGAUUCCCGGGUAUCCCAACUACAUCCACGCCAAGACGGAGAAGGAAAACUUUCCCUACAACCUCAAGUACUACCGCAACUCUGUCGACGUCGAAUCGAAGCACAUGGAACGGAUUCGCAUGGCUGCCAGGGCCGCCCAGAUCAUGGUCGUCAUUGGCAUCUCGGAGCGUCACCGGGGCAGUCUGUACAUGGCGCAGACGUUCAUCGGCCCGGAUGGGAGCAUUCUUCUGCACAGAAGGAAGUUCAAGCCCACGGCACAGGAGAGAAUCCUGUUUGGCGAUGCGUCGGGUGAUUGCGCCACCAACGUUGUUGCUACCCUCAUUGGCCGAGUCGGAGGGCUUCAGUGCUUCGAACAUUUCCAACCGCUCCUCAAAUACAACACGUACUUCCAGGGGGAACAAAUCCACGUGGCUUCCUGGCCGAACCUAUUCCCGCCCGUCGGGACGAUGCCUUUCUUCAACACCGUUGAGCCCUGCACCAUGGCGACGCACACCUUGGCCGUCGAGGGCGCGACCUUUGUCCUCCUUGCCUCUUCAACGCAAACCGAAAAGGGCCUCCUAGCCAACGGACUGAUUCCCGAACCGAACGCCAAUAUUCCGUCGUCGUUAUCAGACGGUCCUGGCGAGGAGCUGCCGCACACCGCAGUCAUCGGGGGAGGGUUCUCAGAGAUCAUCGCGCCGGACGGACGCACUCUUGUGAAAGCGCCCAGCGCGACCUAUGACGGUCUCCUAUAUGGCGAGCUCGACUUUGACGAGAUCUACACUGCCAAGAGCAUCGUCGACACCGUGGGGCAGUACUCCCGCCCAGACAUAUUCACGCUGCAGGUCAGGGGCGAGGUGCGCCGGCACUGUGAAUACGACCAAGUCGGUGAGUUUGCUCACGCGGCGAGGUUUCCGAAUCUGCCGACGGCCCAAAGUGACUGA